GAUGACUUCCCCGAACCGUAUCUACAGAAGAGUCCGUCGACUGAAUGCUCAGACAAUUUAGCACCAGAUAUGAGCCAAUGUGUGGAACAACACACAGAGCUAUACACACAUCAAGAGGUGGACGAAGACGUCGAAGACUCGCCAAUCAGAGCGUCGUUGAACUCUCGGUUGUCUCAAAGCAAACCCAUAACUAUCGCCGCCUCCAGAAGUGGCGAGUCGUCGACGGCUUCCUCAUUGAAAGAGUUCGAGAGACUUGAGAGCGAAAUGAGAGCAAAAGGCAGUCAUCACGGCUCGAGCGACUCCCUGGGCUCCAGCUUUGAGGGCAGGGCUGCUGUGGGUCGCGGCAGCGAUCGAGACGAGCACUCUAUGAGCUCCAGUAUCAAUGAGUUCGAGAAACUGGAGAAAGACUGCUCGGAAGCCGAGGCCAUCGAACGGCGCGCACAGGAAGAGGCGGCCAGACUGUCGGAGAUAGAGGAAGGACACGAGAGUCAGGCCAGUCAGGAGACCCUCUCAGACCCGGGAAAUCACGGGUCGGACGACACGGACUCCGACUACGAGAAGCGGAUGUCAGAGAUUGAAGAUAUGAUGAAAAUAUCGCAAAAGUCCAUCUCUAGGGGACAGAUAGAUAACAAUACGACAACAACUGACAGCCAAUCCAUUGAUAAGAGUAUUAGUGAUGACAUGAGAGAAGAUAAGACGCGAUCGCAGUCUCAAAGUGCAAGCGCUGCUCAACUCAUACUAACGCGAAAAGUAGUGUCGACUGAAAGCACGGAUUCACACCCGAAGAGCUCAAUCUCUACCAUUAAUACGGAUUCACUGAUCGACAGAAUCGGAGACUUAGAGCGAGAGUAUAGAGACGACAACAAAUCCAUGUCUUCGGACGAGUUCAAAGACGACUCCAUACAUGAGUUGGACUUUCAAAGCGAGACAAUGAAUGAGAAUAUGAGCGCAAACCUGACGUGUGAGUCGGGAGGACCCGCUUUGGCCACUCUUCGGGAAGAGACCGACUUCGAGGAGGAUUCACUCAGAGACAGCUUUCACGGCAUCGCUAAGCCAUUGGAGUGUAUGCUCUCGAGUACGGACUCCAUGGAAGUGACCAAUUCUGGUGCCACACACGCGACCUAUCAGUACGACACCGGCAUGUCUUCGAGUAUCAACAGUUACCUCACAUCAGGCGAUGAGUCGACAAUGAUCUCGAGCACUGACACCACGGAACUGUUCAACGCAUCGCCCGAUCCGUUACACAGCGACCAGAGAUCGCAAUUUAGACAUCAUUUUGAGGACGACAUCCCCGAUGAGUUCGAAGAGAUCCAAACCGAGGAUCAAAGAGGAAAUAUUAAGAUAAUCCGACGAAUCAAACGUUCAGUUCCUCCGUCACAGCAGACGGCCGGCGCUUCCAGUUCUUCGGAAAGCGAAGAGAAAUUCCUGGAAAAGCUUCGGAUGUCUGCCGAAGCGGGCAAUGAAGUGAUUGAAGAGGAGAAAGGUUUCGAUGAAUACGGAAAUGUAGUCAUCAGGCGUACGGUGAAGACCAUUAGCACUCAGGGCCCGGACCUGACCAAGAAGUCAGUGAGCGGUCAAUUGGCUCAGAAAGAGACGGAUGAGUUUCUGGAGCCGUUCACCAAAUUGGAGACAAUUACUAAUGUCGAUGAAUACGAAGGGGUGGACGAGUUGGGCAAUCCGUACAAAGUUUAUCAGGAGGUGACCGUAAGGCCCGAAGUGAGAACCCUUACGUUCAGCGGACCCGACGCCCAGAAACAGUUGGAUCAGUUCAUGAGCACCUGGUCCGGCGAUAAGAGUGAAUUGAUCGAGAUCAAUCAGCAAAACUCUAAUCAAAGCUCUAAUCGCGAGUCAAAUAUUAGUGAUAGUAAUAAAGCCGAGAAUUUUGGUAAACAAAACGGCAAAAGAAGUCAGAAUAAGGAAAACUUUUCCACUUUUACUGGAAAUACGAGAGUCUUAACAGAAACCGUGUCCGACACGGACGGACACACGACUGUUAUGGAGACCACUAUAUAUCACUCACAAGAGCCACAAGAAUCGGAUGCCCUCCGCGAGAGUAUGACUCAAAUUCUGGACGACUUUCUGAGCGACGGGUCGGCGGCCAAGAAGUCCUAAAAGACGAGCGAAAUCUCCUCAAAAACACCCAAUCAUUAGAACAUUAGCUGAAAAUGCCUUAUAUUUCUCAAACAAUUGGUCACAAAAUCUCUUCGAAACCAAUGAUUCCUUCAAACGCUUGAAAUAAUUGGCGAAAUAAACUCAUAAAACAUAUAUUCCUUUCAAUUUUGUGCCACUUUUUAGCAAAC